GUUUAGAACGUGUUAGGACCCUUCAAUUUACCAAACUGCCAUCGGCCAUUUUAAAAAGACUCAAAACACCCCUCAGUCGUCAGCACACACCUGUAUAGUAUAAAUAUAAAUAAUAUUCUUCAUUAAUUCCUCCACGCCAAAAAUUUCACAUAUUCUUUCAUCUUCCAAAUUUUCCCAGCAUACUGUUUUCUCUCAAACAGAGCGAUUAAAAUUCGAAGAUAUGGCAACUCUAGAAGAUAUCGAGACUUUCAUGAGCAUCGCCGGCGUCUCUGAAGCCGUUGCAAUUCAGAAACUCGAGGAACAUCGCGGUAAUCUGAAUGCAGCUAUUAAUGCUCAUUUCAGUGAAGGAGAGAGAAACAGAGUACAAGAGACACCUGUUGUUGAUGCUCAAGAUGAUGUCAUGGAAAUUGAUGAUCCAGUUCAAGUUGGGCCGCAUGCACCUCCCUUCCCUCCGUUGUCAUCCACUAGAAACUUGAAUCCUUUUUCUUUGCUUGAUCCGAACUUCAGCAGAAGUAUAUUUGAUAGUGGUCCUGAAAUUAUAAGCCGUUCUCCUUUUGUUUCCCAUCCAAGAGAAGUGAGGGAGAUUCCAAUAGAGGUUAAAGAUGGCAGUGAACAAUCUAGCCGAUCUCGUAAUGCUCCGACUAUUGAGGAUGUUACUGGAACCUCACAAGUUCAUGGCCCUGAAAUUCAUGGCUCAGUAGUACUUACUGAUGAUAAUGACGAAGAACUUCCAACUGCUCCCGCUACGUAUGCCUCUGCGCUAAAUCACGGCAUAGUUAAUCGCUAUCCAGAUGCACCUAGUUCCAGGCCAUCUGCCCCUGUAAUUGAUGAUUUACCUGAUUACAGCAAUGAUAUAGAAGAAGAAAUGAUCAGAGCUGCCAUUGAGGCUUCUAAGCGGGAUGCUGAACUGUCAAACCAUCAACCUGAGGUUUUGGCCGAUCCCUUACCUCCUCAUCAGCAGUCUCACUUUGGUGAUACUGACUAUGCACAUGCGGUUUCGUUGUCACUGGAGACUGCAGAAAGAGAGAAAGCGCUACGCGAGAUGGAGGGAAAAACCGUAGUUUCAGAUUCGGUUGCAUCAGCUGAUGCAGAGGAUCAUGGGAAAGCAUCAAAUCCUUCAAAUGGGAGGUUGCAUGUAGGGAGUACAUCUGCCCCAGAUGAAGAAGCUGAAGACAUGGAAGAACAACCACUGGUUAGGCAUAGGAGCAGACAUACAUCCAUAGGAUCUGUUGAAACUGGUGCAGAUGUUGAAGAAACUGAUGUUAGACCAGCAAGCCUGGAACGUGAUGGUAACCUUGAUGCUCCACGGGUCAAUGGCAACGAGUUCCCAGAUGAGUGGGGUGGCAUCUCAUCGGAGGAACAUGAUGAAGCGGUGAUGCUUGAAGCUGCCAUGUUUGGUGGUAUUCCAGAUGGAAGUGGAUAUGGUCUUCCAUUUGCACCUCAUCAGCUCAUGCAGAAUGGUUUGAACCAGACUAUGGGUCCUUAUGCUCCCAGAGUGCCUCGGCCUCCAUCACCAACUCUCACUGCUCAGCGCUUGUUACGUGAACAACAGGAUGAUGAGUACCUUGCUGCAUUGCAAGCUGACCGAGAAAAGGAAUUGAAGGCGAAGGAAGAAGCUGACGCUGCGCUAGCUGAAGAGAGGCGAAAGGAAGAAGAAUUACGUAGGAAAAUGGAUGAGGAGCAGGUAAAAUUUUUUCACUUAUUGAAAUCCAAAAUCAUGUUCUUCAGGGAUUGAUUACUCAGUCCUGUUGUUAACUGAUGAGCAGGAGAUUGAGAGACAGCUAGCUGCCAAAGAAGCUUCGCUUCCGCAAGAGCCACGAUCAGAUGAUGAAAAUUCCGUUACCCUUCUUGUGCGGAUGCCUGAUGGGAGCAGGAGAGGUCGUCGGUUCCUUAAGUCUGAUAAACUCAAGGUAUAUUUGAGGCAAUCUGGAAUUUUUAAUUGCUGAAAACAGCUAGUUUAACCUGAUGGAUUUUCUUAUUGCCUUGCAGAGCCUAUUCGACUUCAUUGACAUUAGCAGAGUUGUGAAACCUGGAAAAUACAGAUUGGUUAGUUGCUUUCUUGUUACUGGAAUUUGCUAAGUAGAAUUUUAAUGUUCCUGGAGCUACGGGUUUUCAUGCAAAACCAGCUCUUCUGCAAUCCUUACUGUUUGAAGUGAAUCUUUGUUGGAGAAGCUUAACAUUAGUUUAUACGAUUAGAGAAUAAAACAAAGUGCAAUUCUAAGUAUGGCAAUUUAAAAUCUGCAGGUAAGACCAUAUCCUCGACAGGCGUUUAGUGAUGACGAGUGUGCUUCGAGUCUCAGCGACUUAGGGUUGACCAGCAAACAAGAAGCCCUGUUUCUUGAGUUAAUUUAGAUGGACUGUAAAGCUAUAGUUAGGACUUAGAUGCAUAUCGCUGAAAUAUUGAAGUUUACAGGCAUAAAUGUUGGAUAAUUUUUUGUUGGUUUGUGAUGUGGUGGAUUGUAUCACUUUUGGGGGGAGUACACUAAGCUGCCCCGCAUUGGUGAUUCAGCUGGGCUUGGAAAUUUGUUUGGAUUGGUUUAUAGUAAAAUAGAAAACACGUUCAAAAUUUAUGCCAUUGCACAUUGGAGACUCCUUUAUUAUUACCUUUGAAGUACGAAACACAUCGUGAUCAUAUUCAUUGUGCACGCUGCAUUGCGUAUUACAGAAAGAGAAUAAGGGAAGAGUUCCUUUUUCUUUUCUCUCUCUUUUCCCCCCCGGAAAAAGAAGACAGUUCCAGCCAUAGUUGGGUGGUAGGAUGGAUAUGACGAUGACAUACACAAUGACUCCGGAAGUAGUACAGAUUUCAUGUUUUCUAUUGUGGCAACAGGAAUCGUGACGAGCUGCCGGACAAAAUGACGAUUCAUCCUAGUUAGAUACCAGUCUUUGGACCAAAUUGGUCGUGAAUGCAAACUGGGUACAACAUUUUUGUAUGAAAUGGGUAAGCGAAAAUCACACAUUAGACAUCACUUGGGCUUAUACUUGAUCCUUAGAGAAGAGAACAUUAGUGUUAGAACACUGUCAUUGACGUCUUCGGGAUGUAGGAAAAGGUCAUCUGGGUUAUUUUCGUAACCUGCUUCUCGGCUAGUGAAGUUGCCUGUCAAGAUCUUAGAACAUUUCGCUAUGGCGUUUGGUUUCAAGUCAAAUAUAGUGCAAUGCACUCGAAUAGACCAACAGAGAGAUGCAAUGGAAGGUAGUUUCCCCUUCACAUACGUACUCCCUCUCUAUUUUUCUAUUUUUCUAGUUUUUGAAUCCGUAUCUAGGACCCUCUAGUGUAACACGUUGGCGGUUUCCCCUAGUGUAUACUACCUCUCAUUUGGAAUAUAACGUCUUGGCAGUUCACCUCAAAUGUAUAUUUCCUCCCCUUCAGAAUAUGUAUCACGUUUUAU